AUGACGUAUAUUUGUUCUUUCUCUCUCAUUUACACAGAAAAAGUAUCUAAUGUCAGUCUUAUUGGUCCAAAAGAAUUAUUAAUAGAGGGCAACUCAUCUGCUAACAUCACCUCUGAGGGAACUGGCACCAUCACCUCUGUGGAGUGGAUUAAAGAUAACAGUCCUCUGUCUCCUAGCAACCGCAUCAUCUUCUCACCUGAUAACAGAUCAGUGUCCAUCAGUCCAGUGCAGAAAUCAGACAAUGGGGAAUAUCAGUGUACUUAUAGAAAUCCUGUCAGCUCUGAAAUGGCAAAACUCCCUCUAAUCAUCAACUAUGGACCAGAAGAUGUUUCUAUAAACGGUCCGGAUGUGGUGGAUUUAGGGGUCAGUGUGUCUCUGUCUUGCUCUGCUAAAUCUAUACCUUCUGCCUCGUUCAGCUGGAGGUUUAAUGGAACAGACACCAAUGUGACCACAGACACUUUCACCAUAGCUGAGACUGACUUCACACACAGUGGAGAUUACGAAUGCACUGCCUCGAAUAAUGUCACAAAGAGAAGCAACUCACAAAGACAUGCUUUACUAGUUAAAGUAGGUGGUGGUGGUGGAGGAGGGGGACUAACAACAGGAGCGAUAGUUGGGAUUGUCAUUGGAGUAUUAGUGGUUGUUGCAGGCAUUUGUGGUCUUAUCGUCUAUUUAACAAAAACCAAGAAAAUACCAAAUCUAACCCUUCACAAAAAUGGACGGGCAAGUGGAGCACCUGCAUCACAAAGCAGACAACAGCCUGAAUUGAACUAUGCAGACAUAAGCCAUUUUCAGAAGGCUGGUGGAGAGAGAGUGAUUCUGGGGAGUAGUAGUGAGCCUAGUACAGAGUAUGCAGAAGUAAAUCCUGGAGCCAAGUCAAAGGCUCCUCCACCUCCCUAUGGAAGUCAGGUAUCAAACCCUCCUCUGCGCAGGUGAGGAAGUGAAGACACUGAAAUCUACUGCACUGAGUCUUCCAAAUAUUGCACAUUUACCACAUUUUUUGUUUCUUGAAUUUAGCUUUAUUUUGCUGAUCGUUGUUGUGUAAUUUAAAUAUACAAUUUUUAUGAUAGUUUUGAAUGCAAGUUGACCUGUCAGGCUGUGUAAUUGUUCUAUUUUAAUAAUAAUGAUAGGAGAGAGAGGGGACGGGAGGGUGGUAACACUUUUUGCUUCAACAUCUGUUGUUCAGGGCUAUUCAUCUUAAAUUUUGAAACAAUGUUCCCAAACAUAUCUGAUAUGAAUUGAUAUUGUUUUCGAAAUGUACAACUUGUUAUGAAAUCUCUCUAUUGUGAAAAAUAAUGUCACAUACAAAAUUACAUUACAACAUACUAUCUACAGGAGUGAAUUGUAACAGGAUACGUGGGGUGCAACGUUAUAGAGAAAGCAUGUAUAUCUGUUUAAAUUUUGCACACUCAUGUAUUUAUUUUUAUUCAAUUGAACUGAAAUAAAUGACUGAACACAUAAAACAUG